AAGGGAAAGGUGUACGCCGCUCCUCCAGCGAACCAACACCCACGUGCUAUAUGAACCAAUUUUAUAUCAGAAUACUUUACCACUUUCUCUUAACUAUAUUAUUAUUAGCAAUUAAUAUCGUGUAGAAUUAUGAUAACUUUUUUAAUUAUAAGUUAGAAAAGAGUAGAAUCAUUGCAUUUCGAGCACCGAAAAGCCUUUUAGCGAAUUCUACGAAAAGAAAGUUCAGAAUUCUCGGAAAAGAGAGAGAAAAAAAAAUAUAUCGUGGAAUUUUUUCAAUCACAUGGAAUAUCAUUCACACGCGGAGUUACCACUGAUGGCCCUCUAAUUCUACUGGAGAAUUGUGGACACCUAUGGGCCACUGGUUGCAGAGAUGCGCCCAACCCAGCUCUCUCUCACAGCUUUUGUCCUGUUCACCAUCGCCCAAUGGCGUGACUGUCAGGCCGGCCACCUCGGGCUCCGCCAAUCACCGCUCCCCUCGGACGAUGACGUCACGAGGUCCGUUUCGAAGACGAGUAAAGGCGGAUUAGCGGCGACACAGGGCGGGCGCCAGUCUCUCGAAAGGGUUCAGAAUCUCUUGGACAGGGCGAACGGAAAAUUCCUUCUAGGAGCCCCUCACACGAAAAAUGUGAAGAAUAAUAUCGCCACGGAUGAUGGCAAGCAGGAGGGGGGCGCUGGGGAAGGGAGGAGCAGUGAAGGAAAUAAGGGCAUAAGCGAGGAUAAGGAUGAGUUGACGGAUGACAUCACGGAAAGAACUAAUCGAGAUGAUGUCACGGAAGCGCAUUAUCCAGAUAAUUACGUCACGGAAGCGCAUUAUGCAGAUAAUGUCACAGAAGCGCAAAACCUAGAUAAUGUCACGGAAGCAUAUAGUCCAGAUGGUGACGUCACGGAAGCAUAUAGUCCAGAUGGUGACGUCACGGAAGCAUAUAGUCCAGAUGAUGACGUCACGGAAGCAUACAGCUCAGAUGAUGACGUCACGGAAGCAUACAGUCCAGAUGAUGACGUCACGGAAGCAUACAGCACACAUAAUGACGUCACGGAAGCAUACAGCCCAGAUGAUGACGUCACGGAAGUAUACAGUCCAGACGAUGACGUCACGGAAGCAUACAGCCCAGAUGAUGACGUCUCAGAAACGCAAAACCCAGAUGUUGCUACGGAAACCUACUACACAAGUGAUGACGUCACGGAAGAAGGCUGGACGGAGCAUGCCCUUACUACGGAGCACACAGAGGGUUCGGACCAAUUCGAUGACGUAACGGAUGAACUCGUCCUAUCGGAAUUCUCUACAGCAAGCUUCGAUUCACCCGAGGUUACUACUGAAACUUAUGACGUCAUCACAGGUAGUUAUGACGUUAUGGAUGAUGUCACCGAAAGCACUUAUCAGUACUACGACAUUACGGAAAGUCUGGACGUCACCACCUUAUCUGCUGAAGUUUCUUUGACUGAAAAUCCGACGAAGGAAAGAGAAAAUGUUGAUAAACAAGAUGAAGGGAGAGAUGAAGGCGAGGAAGAAGAGGAGAAAGAACAAAAUAUGGAAGAAAUGACGAUCAUGGGAAAGGAAGUGGAAAUAGACAUGGAAGACAUUAUUAUAAAAGAAAACGAGAAUGAAGGAGACGAAGAUACAGAGAAUAAACACACAGAAGCAGAGGAAGAGAGUGAAAAGGAAACAAGAGCGGAAACCGAAACAGAGGAACAUGUGAAAGAGCGACGAAGAGGAAAGGCCAAGAAAUGGUUGCCUCCGCGGUUUCAGCUGAUAGACAACGAGACGGACGACCUGACGAAGAAGAAGAAGAAGAGCCACCUGGACGAGGCGCUGAAGAAAAAGAUGCACGACUCCCACGGGUUCCUGGUGGGUCGGCCGGACGUCGAGAUGGAGGACGAGGUGGAGGACUUGAAGAUUCUCGAAGCCGUGGUGACUAGCAUGGCGGAGUGGGAGUUUAAUCAGCUGCAGAAGAAGCUAAAUGGAAAACGACGUGUGAAGAGGGAUGAGGAGGUUGUGUGUUACAAGGACCUAGGCUGCUUCAGGGACGAGGGGCCCUUCGACUACCUAGAUAUGCUUCCUUCGCCGCCUGAAGAGAUCAACACGAGAUUCCUCCUGUACACUCGCGAGCGUGCCGACAGAGAGAAGCUGAUCACUUACCAAAACAUCAGUUCCCUUCUCGACUCGACCUUCAACGUGUCAAGACCUACGAAGAUGCUUAUUCAUGGCUUUGGCUCCUCUUGCUACAGUGUGUGGAUACGAGAAAUGAGGGUGGCGCUCCUUACAAUGAUGGACGUAAACAUCAUCUGCGUAAACUGGCAAAAGGGGGCGGAAGUCCCCAACUACGUGAGGGCGGCGAGCAACACGCGUCUUGUGGGUCGACAGGUGGCGGUGCUGAUCGAGACGAUGAACGCUUAUCUCAACACGACUUUGGACGACUUCCAUCUCAUUGGAUUCUCUCUCGGAGCCCAUGUCUCGGGCCACGCUGGAGCCAGGCUGAAGAAUCUCUCAAGGAUCUCAGGCCUCGACCCCGCCGGGCCUCUCUUCGAGUCGUACUCGCCCUCCGUGCGCCUGGACUUCACUGACGCCAAGAUGGUCGACGUCAUCCACACCAACGCCGACUCCCUCUUGAUGGGGGGGCUGGGCGCGUUCGAACCCAUGGGCCAUGUUGACUUCUAUCCGAACGGCGGCCGCGUUCAGAAGGGCUGCGCUAACCUCUUCGUCGGGGGAGUGUCAGAUAUCCUGUGGCCCACCGAGGGCGACGGCCGGUACCUGUGCAACCACCGACGGGGCUACAAGUACUACCUCGACUCCAUUGCCCCGAUCUGCAAGUUCCCUUCGUUCGUGUGUCGGGAUUUCGAGAGUUUCGUGAGGGGCGAUUGCUUCCCGUGCGAAAAAUGCGGGAAUAUGGGCUACUUCGCCGACCAGGCUGAGGGGCGUGGGCAGCUGUAUCUCGUCACAAGGGAUACCGAGCCAUUCUGCGCCAACCAGUACAAGGUGACCGUCCGGCACUCAGGGGGACCUCCAGCCGACCCCGUUACUACUUACGGGCGAAUUGACAUCACCUUCAUAGCCCCGGAUGGAAUCAACGAGACUCUGCAACUCACGAGAAGCGAAGACGAAGCCAUGGAAGCUGGGGGCAAGACAAUGCGAAUACUCGUGCCCCACCCUGCGAUCUCCGAGGUGACGGGAGUGCAGCUUCGAUACACUGCCUACAAGGGAUGGAUUUACUCCGGUUUCUCACGCUGGGCCAUCGAUCAGAUCGUCCUCAUGGAUAGCUUCGGAAAGACCCUCUCGUUCUGUAACCGAGGGACAACCUUAGUGUCCGAGAAGGUGAUGCAGUUCAGCCUCCUGCCAGGGGAGUGUCCGGCAAGAGAGGUGCUCCACGGACCGCCCAUCACGACCUGGCCCUUGGAAGAGACCAGACCAGACCACGGCGGCGACGAGAAACACAAGGAGAUCGAGAACGAAGUCCGUCACGUCCCUGGACUGAGGUUGGCGGUGGCGCAGCGCGUGGAACCCCGAAAGAACGUCACUCAGAAUGUGUCUCAAGGGACUUUCAACCACACUCGCGUCGUCCAUGGUCCCAUCGACGCCUUCCCCAACGUUCCUCUGUCACCUGAAAGCGGCGAUGGACUCUUGUCAAUCACACUCGAAGUCCCUCCGAAUUACCAGGAAAUUCCACAUGGACUUUACACGACCUCCCUGUCACAUCAGCUCCAGAAACCUCGACAGCCCCAGCAGCCACGCCUGCCUCCUCUCCUGAACCCUCCCAGCACCCUGAGACUCGGGGGGCCGCCCGGCAGGAGGGUCACUCUGCCUCCCAAGGCUUCGGAGGACGUGGCGGUGAGCAGCGAGGACCCCGUUAGCGUCAUCCCCGCUCCGGAUCUCGCCAACAGACCCCACAACCUCACCAGCUUCAUGCAUCCCCCACCUCCGCCUCAGCCCUCUGGGGUCACGGGCUCGCCGGCUGAGCCUUCUCUCGUCCAAACCUCGAACCUCAACGCCAUGGCCGCAGCAGAAAAGCAGAAGAACAAUCAGGGCAAGUUCCAGGUGUUUGUCACUCUUCCGACGAUUUCGACGCAGAGUCUGUCAACGACCGGUAACCCCGGGCAAGUCUCCCAGACGGAGACGAUUGCUGACGUGACGACAGUGAGUGACAGUCCUCAGAGGGUCGUCUUCACGACCGGAGGCACCCUCGGCAGCACCUUCUCGACAAGAGCGAGCAAUCCUUUCCUUGCAACCUCAACUGAAAUCGAUCAGCUGAUCACAGGUCUUUCUCCAAGCCCUGCAACUCAUACGGAAUCUCCCGCCGGUGGUAGCAGCGUGGCUGGAACUGAGGCUUCACACCUGAGUACUACUCCAGGAACCCUGGGUUCUGCGUCCAAGAGUCCCUGGCUCGUGCCCUCUACUUCAGGGCCGAUUCUGAAGUCAUCUACCUCUACAGACAAACCCGAGAAGAACUUAGAGAAUCCGCAAGUCAUAGACGUGACGCAGCAGUUUAUCAAACAUAGAGAUGGCAUAAAUGGCUUCCAGCAAGAGGGCUUCGGUUUCCAUCCCCUGGACCGCUACCCUUCCGCCUUCCAUACAGGACCCGGCUUGAGCGAGGACAUCCAUGGCCCAGUGGAUUACAACAGCGUGAUAGAUGGAGAGAUUCCGGUGCGGGAGCGCGCCCGCGCCCUGACCCUCGGCCCUCUCCCUGCCAACGUCCUCAGCCGAGAGCAAAGCGCCGCCGAAGAGAAAAGCGACUGCCAGGACCCGUCCUCCUGCUUGGAUUCGGGCUCAGGUGUGGGUCGCCCCGGUCCCUCCCCGAACGCCCAGAACCGGGAGUCCGUCUCGUACGGCGCGACGUACUCUCCCCCGCACUCGCGUCCCGCCUGGUCCAAUCAGCCUCCCAUCGGGGACUCUCCUCAGAGGACCUUCCCAUCUCCAGCUGAUGCGCCGCCAAGACUUCCCCCGCCAGGCCACGGCGGCCCUCUCCGGAUGCCACCCGUCCGGAGCCCGCCCCUGGAGACGAUCGUGGGUCGGGGAAGAGCUCUGCAACCUCUCCUGCUUCCACCUCGCUCAGACCAGGGCCAGCCACAGCAGCGUCACCAGACGUCGCCACCGCAGCAGCUGCUACCACGACAGCAAUUUUCGGGGCAGCAGCAGCAGCAUCGACCGCCAGCACAGCACCAGGGCCACGCGAGCCAGAGCCAUGACCAGGACAACCAGCCGUCGCGACAGCACUUGGUGUUAGUGUCAGCGGGCAACGUGACGCAAAUCGGCCCCGAGAUCUCGGAGAGGUCCCAGCACCCUGUUACCGCUCCCCCGCCCUACUACGUGCAGAUUCUCCCACCGAGCUUCAGCCAGUUGCCGCACCUGGAGACCUUCUCGAUACCACGCGAACACAGAAAGUCCCAACAGGAGUCCAGGAAACGGGUAGGCGUGUCAGGGCGGUCGAACAGAGGGCGAAGUCUCUCUGGCAUCGGCGUUCCACCUCCUGGAGGCCGCGCUGCUGUCUUCACGCCCUUGCUCCUGCAGCUGCAAGACGACCACCGAGGGAGGUACAUUCCCCUUCGGCCGCUUCCAGAUCCUCCUGUCCUAACAUAAGCCAAAUGGCUUUCAAGUAAUCCUAAUAUUUCUCUAUAGUUCUACAUACAUCAAAUCCAGUUGUCAGUCCUAUUUUAAUUCAUAGGACAAUCUCCAACCCAUAACAUGCCCACUGUGUGUACACAAACAGAUGUGGUUCAGAUCACAGAGGCUGGUUUUCCAAAACCACAUCGCAGAUGCCGCGACAAGAGGUUCAUUAAAAAAAAAUCUUCAGUUUGAUGCCGAAAUGUAAAUGAUUAAUUAUCUUGUAUAUCUAAUCAAAGUCACAAGGCAUCUUACGAACCCAGUACGUGUAUUGUCAAGGAAACAUCACCACUUUAUCCCCCAUAAAACAAAUCACACACAAUAACAUUUCACACAGAAUCCACGUCAAGUCACACAUUUUCCGCCUAGUUCGCAGCUAAUUCCAUUUCAUCUCUUCCUGAAUAGUUGUUAACGGCUGUACUGAAUCAUAUAUACUUACCUUUAGAAUUUCGCUGCUGGCCGGCGAUAUUUUCGUAAAUAUUUAUAAUUAUAAUUAUCAGAGUAUGUAGAGUUCGGCUAGAACAAGUAAUUAGCUAUUAGUGGCCAGUUCGAGUCUUAUAGGAAAAUAACUUUUAUUUCAACAUAAUUUGGAAAUUUUCUAGGGUGGAUCAUAUGGCCCUUUUAAUAAAUGAUACAUUACCGCGUAGCUCAUGAUAACGUACAUACUGUACAAAUUGUGUUGUAAUGUCAGCCAUCAUUUCACGUUGCCAAACUUGGGAUAUGAAAAGCAGAUCAAGAGAAAAAGGAAUGAAAAAAAGAAAACGAGAGUUGUUUGUUUACAUCUCACUCCAGAUGUUCCUUUUCAUUUAUUAUUUUCUAAUGCCUCAUAUAAGAUCUGAUAUUUGAGGUAAAACCGUUUGAACAGCAAACUAAUCUUGAAUAUUAGAUACAAAGGUAAUCGUAGACCAGCGAUGCAUUUCCUAGACAUACCCAAAUUCUGUUUUCGUCGUGGGUCAUUCCAGAUUGUAUUUUUUCAAUCAAUAGUUCUUCCUGCUUGGUAUUUAGGUUUUCUUUUCAAGAUCCAGAUGUUAAUAGGAUGUUCGAUUUGUUAUGAAAUAUCGACAGGAACAUCAUACCAAAUGAAAUGGUUCUUGGACAUGCUAUUAAAAGCUAGCAAUUACAUGAAAUCAUAUAUUUAUUAUGCCUAGAUUUCAUGCUAUGACCAUAUGUAGCUUUCAGUUUUGUCUCUGAAUACAGCUUGUCAAGCACAUUUUUCUACUUGAGAAUGCACAAAAGUAAUCUUUCCCUCCAACGAAAAAAAUCAUACCUAUUUCUAAGUAGGGUUGAAGAUGCUGAAGGGUUCACUCAGGUCUCUAGUUAUCCACAGAGGUGCUGUGACUCGAAACAUUCCGUGCUAAUACUUUUAAAGAGAAAAUUAAAUGUCUUAGCACGGGUCUCUUGUAAACAAAACAUUGUGCCGUCCCAGUGUGUGUCCGAUCCGAGUUUAUUAAUUUAUUCAUCAUGUGUCACUUUUAUUUAUUAUUUAUUAAUUCUCUACUUUUAAGUAUACUAAAAAAAAAAUGUAGUUUGUAUGUGUAUGUAAUUUCACCUAAUUCACUUUCCUCUUGAGUUUCUUGUUCUUGAAUUGGUGUGUAUUCUUCCCCUUAUUAUGGCGUAUUCUGAUGUCCACGUCUUUCCACAGUAUUUCGAAAUCAUUUCAAUUCUACCUAAGUUGCAAUCUGGGUUCUCUAGUUUUGUGUUUCACAAAAUGAAAGGUUUAAUUAAAAGGUAAAAAAAUGUAUAGUGUCGAUGUAUGAUGUUUGUUAUUAAUUCUUAUAUAAAUACUUUUCUUGUAUAUCAGAUACAGUAAUAUUUACUGUUUCCGUCUAUGAUAUACGCUUUUGUUAAGUUAUGAAAUGUGUUAUUUUAAUGUGCAUUGCAUCGUCUUUUCUAUUAUUGUUUACAGACUGACCUUCCAGUCUUUGUUCACAUUAUGUCCAGUCAGCGCAUCUCUUUCACUAUUUCCAAAUGCCAUUUUCCAAGCAGUUGUUUUAUUUUUUUAUAUGUUAAGUGAUGUGGUGGAAAAAAAUGUAUUUCGGUUUUACUGAUUUUAGGUCACAUUUGCUGAACACAGUGCCCGUUAGGUAGUUAUAGUUUUAGUUGUAUUUAAUGGUAUAUAGAUUCUAGAUUAUUUAAUGAGUAAUUCGCUUGCUAGAUAGAUAGAUAGACAGGUAUUUAACAGUUACGUAGUUAGAUGCAGAGGUAUCUCAAAAUAGAUUGAAGCCUUUUCCCCUCAUUCAGAAACGAUAAUGUUGCAUAUGUUAACUAAUUUCUUCCUUAAAAAACGCAAAAAAGAGACAUCAGAAACAAAACAAAUAAAAAAUAAUAAAAAAUACAAUACAUAGGAAACAUUCACCCAUCCCAGGAACGCCGUACAUUUUAUCCCCUCAUUUUUCAUAUUUCUAAUUGCACGCGCUUGCCAUCUACUUUAGUUACUGUGGUAAGAAUCAGACCCAUUUUCUAUAAUUCAGGUUUUCCUGUGUUUAUCCUAUUUAUCUUCAUUCGUGUUGUUUCCGUCUACUGUUUUGUCCUUUCAUUGUUUACUAGGACAUGCAUUAUGCGUGUAUACAUACAUGUAUAGUGAUGUAUUAUUCGGUGAUGUAUUAUAUGCUGAUCCUGUAUAUUAUUUAUUGUUGUAGCCAAAUACAGCGUUUAGAACAACCCGGCAUCAGGCAUGUCUGGGCAAAGAAUUUCUACAAAUUCAAUGGUGGACUCACUUAGGGCUCCUGAUUAUGAAAUGAAAUAUAAAAGUGAGAAUUGGCAUCUCCUUUAAUAGUUGUGAACAGCUAACUAUGUAAAAGACUGUUGGUGUCACUUAUAGCUAUAUGAGGUGCAAUAAAAUGUAUAUUCUUUA